CUCUCUCUGAAUAGAGUCGGUGUUAAACCAGUGAUUGACGUGAGAAACUGGAGCAGGAUUCGUUGCGCUUUUGGAGACGCAGUGCAUCCUGUAUAGUGGCGCAGAAACUGCAUGCAUACAUGGCAAAGGAAAGGAAUACAUUUUGAUCACUUUUGUCGCUUUUUAAGGCCUGUUUUUUUGGCUCUUUUGGAGUUUUAAAUUGCAUCUUCAUUCACCGGACAAUUGGGAGUUAGCGCAGCGUUAUUGGCCGGGGCUAUAAAACAUGACGCACAAAUGAUGUUUAACAUUUCUAUAGAUGGAGGAUCAUUCUCUAAAAACUUGGAGGACUUUGAUUCAAUUCGCAGUGUUCUUCUUUACAGUGACUUGGAACCAGAAUGGCUCGACGACAUCCAGAAGAACGGAGAGCUUUUCUACCUGGAGCUGAGUGAGGGCGAAGAGGAGGCUGCACUGGCCAACGCCAAUCAAGGUGUGGCCACUAAUCACGUCCGCUUUAGCGAAAAGGAGGCCGAGAUCCUCACCGAGCAAAACAAGAAGCAGCGAUGCGCCUCUCGGACUAAAGGCGAGCCCACGCUCAAACGGCUAGCCAGGAUCCUGAGGAGAAAACGUCGGUCAUCUCAGCGCAAACCUGGAGCAAAGGAUGGGGGUAAAGAGAACUCUGCUCUCUCGUCAGCUCCAGCGUCCAUCCUGAAGAACCAGCCGGGUCAGAGGCAGGCUGUGACGGUCCAGCAGCUGAAGGAAGUGUGUGUGUACCUCAACCCCAAACGUCUGGCAGGGCCUCUCUGUGAAGGUGGAGGCCUGCUGGAGGCGCUGCUGGGGGUGGUGCAUCGAGCCUCCUGGAGCCGAGGGCUGGGGGACCCUCCGGAGGUCAGACAGGAGGACAGACUGACCGUCCAUGGAUUGAUACCCAACAGCCCGGCCAUCAAAUGUGGACAAAUCCUAAUUGGUGAUGUGCUCGUGGCGGUGGACGAUGUGGACGUUUCCUCUGAAAACAUCGAGAGGGUUCUGUCGUGCAUCCCAGGACCUACGCAGGUGAGGCUGUUGUUGGAGACGUUGGCUCAGACGGACGACAGCAGAGCUGAGGACACUUCAUCGGUCCGUAAGACGAAAGCCUCUCCUCCCGUCAGCCAGCUGGUGCGUCUGCUGUGGGGCGAAGACACCGCCGAGCUUCAGAUGUCCAUCGCACACGUCCCGCACAUCGUCAUGUUCCUCUCGCUCAAACUGGACUCGGCGUCACCGCAGGAAGAGGAGGAGAUCUUGUACCAGUACCCUGCGUCCGAAGCAUCGGGGCAGCUGAAGGGAGUGAGGGGGAUCUUCCUCACGCUGUGUGACAUGCUGGAGAACGUCACAGGGGGAAGGAUACUCAGCUCUUCUCUCCUGCUCGGGAAGCAGCUGGUCCAUGUGGGCUACUGGAAGGAAAGCAACAAUCUUCUAGUCAUCGGUCUUCCUGCUGAGAGAGUUCCUCUGCUGUGUCUGCAGACGGUGGUGGGAGACGUGGUCCGGACGCUGAAAGUAAUGUAUGGCUCCUUGGACAGAGCGUUCUGUCAGGCGGACCACGCCCCCAGGUUGGACCACUUCUUCUGCCUGUUCUUCCAGCAGCUCAUCCAGCCGUCUCGCCUGAGGGACGGCUCCUCCUCCGCCCCCCCCACCGACGUCUCAGGGACCCUCUUUCUGGACGGACUGCCGGCGGUCCGAUGGCUCACGCUGCCUCCAGAAAUCAAGAUGGAGGUGGAUACUGUUCUCUCUGAUUUCGAGUCUUCUGAUUUUGGAGAAAUGUCUGAGGACUUUUUUGGCCUGAGGCGUCUGUAUGUCAUUCUUGGCUCCUGUUUGUUCUACAAGUCCUACCUGAUCGCCAACCACCUGCCUAAAGAGGACCUGCUGGACGUGUGCCUGUACUGCCAGCACUACUGCCUGCUGCCUCUGGCCUCUGAGCAGCGCGUGGGUCAGCUGGUCAUCUGGAGGGAGGUGUUCCCCCAGCAGAGAGCGAGCACCAACAACCCGGGAUACAGCCAACCCCAAGGACGCCACUUCCUCCUCAUAGUGGGGCUGAGGCACUUCAUGCAGUGCGUGCUGCUGGAGGCCGGCGGCUGUGCUUCAGCAGCUCUGGGCUCUCCAGGACCCGACUGUGUCUACGUAGAUCAGGUGAAGGCCACCCUGCUGCAGCUGGAGGUGUUGCAGGCUGGUGUUGAGGAGCGCCUGAACGCCCCCCCGGCCCCCUGCCUGUCCUGUGCCGACUGGUUCCUCCCCGCGGCCCGCGACCGCCUGGACAGCCUGGCCUCGUCCUCCCCCGUCUUCAGUAAGCUGGCGGGGGCCGUCAGAGGCUCCUCGGGGGGGUCGAGGGGCCGCAGCCUGUUCGGAGAGAGGGCCCGGCGGAGCAGCCCUCAGAGGAGCCAAUCGGACAGCGGCAGCGAGGGCCAGAUGGAUGCUGGGACAUCACUGGCUCCAGGCCUCAGUCCACACUCUACACCGGACUCGGGGAGAAAGCUGGGGGGCCGUCGGGACUCCCUGGGGUCCGGAGGGUCUGAGGGGAGUGGAGGCAGCGGAGGACUCUUUAAGAUUCCCAGGAUGAAGCACCCGAACCCAUUCUUCCUGGGCACCCUGAAGAAGACCCUGACGGAAAGGGAGACGGAGGAGAUGUACAACACCAUGAAACUGACCUCUGGAGCAGAGAACACGUUGUUCCACUACGUCGUGAUGGAGAGUGUCCAGGGGAUCUUCAUCGCUCCGACCCACAGGGAGGAGGCUCAGCUCAGCGGCUCCAUCCACCCGCAGCUCAUCCGCAACUUCCACCACUGCUGCCUCUCCAUCCGCGCCGCGUUCCAGCAGAGCCUGCCGGCCAGGGGCCGGCGCGCUGCAGACCGGCCUCAGGGCUGGGGUCUCGGCCCAGUGAAGGAGCACGGGGUCCUGUUUCAGUGCAAACCUGAGAACUGGACAGACCAGAGGAAGCCCGCUCCCACCAUGACCUACUGGGUGAUAGGUCGCAUGCUGCUCGAGCCGGUCCCUCAGGAGUUCUACGUGUGUUUCCACGACUCGGUGGCAGAGGUUCCCGUAGAGAUGGCCUUCAGACUCUCCUUCGGUCUGGCCUUGUGAUCAGAUCUGUGACGAGAAGGAUGGACACACACUACAACACGUCUUAGCAUCUGUUGAACUCUCAGGAAAAAAACUGUUGGGGAUUAUUAUUAUUAUUAUUAUAAUAUAGCAGGUCAUGGUUUUGUGCUUUGUUGCCGACCACAGAUGUGUGUCUUAAUAUGUGUUUGUGGAAGUGAAAAGCCAGUGAAUACCUCAGAAAAUGUGUUGUGGACCAACUGAAACCAUUCUGCUGCAGCUAUGCUUCAUGUUGACAGCAAAUAAGGUUGUAACAACUUACAGUGUUGGAACAACUAAAUGAUACUUUAUUUAAGAUGUACAGUUUUGUAUGGAAAUAGAUUAACAAAGUCAAUUAAAGAAGCAACUCUCUUUUA